UAUCUUGUAAUAUACCCUAACAAGGACUUCACCUGGUUAGGGUUUUUUAAAAAACUUAUUUCUAUGCAGAUGAUUUAGACCUAUUGUCUUUCAGCGCUUCCAUUGCAGACGAACGGCAGGCGAUACAAAUUUGUUUCCAAAAGGAGAGUAAGAAAUGGCACCCAAGAAGGAUAAGGCUCCCCCUCCAUCUUCCAAGCCUGCCAAAUCUGGAGGUGGUGGCAAGCAGAAAAAGAAGAAAUGGAGCAAGGGAAAGCAAAAGGAGAAGGUCAACAACAUGGUGUUGUUCGAUCAGGCCAGUUAUGAUAAGCUUCUUUCUGAAGCACCCAAAUACAAGCUUAUCACCCCGUCGAUCUUAUCCGAUAGGCUAAGGAUUAAUGGUUCACUUGCACGAAAGGCUAUCAAGGAUCUGAUGGCACGAGGUUCCAUCAGGAUGAUUUCUGCUCAUUCAAGUCAGCAGAUUUACACCAGAGCAACAAACACAUGAUUUGUGUUGGUGCUGGUUGUAUUUACAAGGGGUUUCCUCUUUUAGGCAGAUUUUUUUUAUCAGAAGCAAUGCUUCAAAUUAAUUUUUUCAGAGCAACCCUAACGAGAGUGUAAGGAAUAUGCAAACCAACACUUCAUUGAGAUGAUUGUCAUUUUCACUUUUUAGGCAGAGAAUUAUUUGGUACACCUAUGUUUUAAAUAUUUAUUCACCCAAUUUGAUAACUGGUUUUUGUGUUUUGCCAA